AUGGAUCUCCAAGCUGCUAGAGAAGCUCGGAAGUUACAAUUAAAUGAGUUGGAGGAGAUGAUGUUUUUCUCCUAUGAAAAUGCUAAGUUGUACAAGGAGAAAACUAAGAGGUGGCAUGACCAGAAAAUUCAAGCUCGAGUCUUUGAGAAGGGGCAGAAAGUGUUACUCUUCAACUCACGCUUGAAGUUGUUUCCUGGAAAAUUGAAGUCCCACUGGUCAGGCCCAUUCACCAUUGUGAAAGUUUACCCCUUUGGAGCAGUUGAAGUUCGGGAAGAUCAAUCUGGAAGGGAAUUCAAAGUGAAUGGGCAUCGUUUGAAACAUUAUUGGGGAGGUGAGGUCGACCGCGAAAAGACCUCCAUUAAAGUCGCUGUUAUUUUUGGUUGUCAAGUGAUUCAGGCACUAAUUAUAUGA